AUGCCGGUGGGAGAAAUUCCGCUUUAACUCCGUGCACAGCUUUACCAGCUGCAACAACAUCAAAAAUAAUAAUCUCCAUCGAUUACCGAUUUACUGCAUUGCUAGUUGGCUGUCGUCAAAAUGGCCGCCGCCAUCAAAGCCAUCAAUGCGAAGAUCCGCUCCAACAAGGUCCUGGAUUACUUCUGCUCAACACACUUCUGGGGCCCAGCAUCAAACUUCGGUAUCCCUCUCGCUGCCAUCCUGGACAUCAAGAAAGACCCUGAGAUCAUCUCCGGAUCAAUGACCGGCGCCUUGACCAUCUACUCCGCCACCUUCAUGCGCUACUCCAUGGCCGUUACCCCGAAAAACUACCUCCUUUUCGCCUGCCACGCUAUCAACUUUACCUCGCAACUCACACAAGGCUACCGCUAUCUGAAUUACUGGAACUGGGGCGGGCGCGAAAAGGCUCUUGCUGCGAAAGGCGGCGAGGUGGCCUCCCAAUAGAUGAGAAGGUAAACGAUGGGGUUGAGGGGGACAAUGAAUAUAGGGAAUAUCUACUGGACUUCGAUAUGCUUCAUUUGUAUGUGUGUGUGUGUGUGUGUGUGUGUGUGGCCUGUGAGGGUCGUGUCGUGUCGUGUCGUGCCUCUUUACCCGUGUAUACUGCAUUUUAGUUUUUGAAAUGAUAGAAAGUGCUUUGAUGUGGUCGGUUUGUCGUGUUCGAGAGAUCGAGAGAUCGAGUGUUUGAUGUUUCUGCGCUUUGUAGUGGGGUAGGAAGGAUUGUAGGUGAUAUUGUUGUAGAAGAGGUGGGUAUAUAUUGUAUGGGCGAUAGGGAAUGGUAUAUUCUCUUAGAGUUAGGACUGACGCGUCCUGAGCAUGGAGACAGGGUACGCGAAGAAGGCUAAGCAAUUUUUACAGAAAUGAAUAGGAAUGCAAGAAUAAUCA